AGCACCGCUGAAUAGAAUUUAUUUCCGGUCGGCCGACUCUUUUGCGCUAUCGAUACCUAGGUGGCGCACUGGUGCAGUCGGUGGAGGUUCAGGGCGGGGGGAGCUAUGGGUUCGGUGUCGGACUCGCAGGCGAAUGGCAAUCACCAGCCGCCGGCAGCGGCGGAGGCGGCGGAAGCCGUCGAGGAGGGCGAGACCGGCGAGACGAUGGAAGGCGUCGCAUCCAUCGCGUUGCUGCCUUCCGGCGCCAUCUCCGGUCACUUCAUUCGUCUCCCGGACUCCAUCUGCUACGGUCUCCAGGGCACCCCAAUAUCUUGCGAGAGGGAAUGUAGCCGAGGAGAGGAUUACCGCCUUAUAAAGCUCACCAUAAUUGAUUUUAAGAGCAAGAGGGAGAAGGUGCUUGUGGUGGAAUGCAGGGGCCAUGAUGCUGCUCGAUUACAAAACAUUGACCAUUUGCAUGGGUGGGAAGAUGACAUUGUUGGUUUGGUUGAAAAUAAACAUGGAAAUCAGAAAGUCUUGCUCUCUUUCGAAUGUGAGACGCUGAAGGCUGAUAAAGAUGCAGAAGAGCAUAUUAUCAAAUACAUGCCAAAUCUAUGUGGACUGGAUGCAGUUGUAAAUAUAGGAAAAAUGAGCAUCUCCGGCAUCAAUCUCAAUGAGGAUGACGGACCGAGAGGAGACAACUGAGAGCAGAAACACUUUGUCAGAGUGCGUUAACAGCGGCGGCUGUUCUCCCUCCUUGUGUUGCUUUUCAGAGUCACUGAUAAACAUGCAGCAGCUAGUUACCAUAAAACGCUUACGUUGCACUAAAAUCAGUAGUCUGAUAAGUUUAUGCCUCAGUACCAAUGUUUGUGCUUAAAAUGACGUGGUUGUGGGCAAGACGUUUCAAGUUAAAUUAGCUGCAGUCUGCUGCAGCUGCAGCUGCAUCAGGCACUAAUCCUGAGGGGUUGUACACUAAAAUUUGGUUGCUGCUGCUGGUGCAAUUCU